CAUAGAGCAUUGCAAUGUUAUCGGUUUAGGGGUGCGUUUCUCACAGCUGACUGUUAUCGAAAUCUGUGUUGUUUCAUAGACUUGAGUCUAAAAUGUCCAGGAAACAGAGGAUCAACUUGAUAAAUUUCAGCUUUCUUGACCAUAAGGCAGAGCUGAGAGCUCUUUUUCGGGCCAAGGGUCGCCGGGAACCUUGCUGUUUGGUGGAAAGCGAGACCGACUUCUGGCAGUUUAUUGGUAAAUACGAGGCUAUGAUGCGGGCUACAGGUCAGCCGGAACUACCGCAGCUGCUUAGCAGUAAGGAACUUUCCUCUCCGCAACCCUACCAUCGAACCAAGCACCUGGCCAUGGAACUGGACGAGGAGCAGAUGCUUCAAGAAGCCCGUGGGGAGAUGGAAGCGCAGUUUCGGCAGUUAAUUCUGAUUUACCUGGACUUCCGGCAAAAGGAGAAGUUUCAGCGCAUCCGCAAAUUGCGACAGGCGCAGCGUUCCCUGCCCAUAGCCCGCUUCCGAUGUGAUUUGCGGGAGGCCCUGGACAAUAGUCGUGUGCUCAUAGUGGCCGGCGACACGGGCUGCGGAAAGUCCACCCAGGUACCCCAGUUCCUUUACGAUUUCGGCUAUCGUAGUAUAGCCUGCACACAACCACGUCGCCUGGCUUGCGUUUCCUUGUCUAAACGCGUUGCCCACGAACUUCUGGAUGACUAUGGAAGCCGGGUUGGCUUUCAGAUUCGGUUUGAAAAAAGUCGCACUCAGCACACCAACAUCACCUUUAUAACGGAGGGCCUGCUUCUGCGCCAGUUGGCGGUGGGCGCUAAUCUAGACCAAUACGACGCCUUAAUUUUAGACGAGAUUCAUGAACGAAACCUGUUUGGAGAUUUUCUUUUAGGAGUGACCAAGUGCCUGUUGCGGGCACGCCCUCAGCUCAAACUGAUUCUUAUGUCAGCCACUAUUAAUGUGCAGCUGUUUCACAACUACUUCCAGGAAGACGGCGCUCGCCUGGUUCAAGUUCCUGGGCGCCUUUUUCCCAUAAAGUUGCGCUAUGUUCCGCCACCAGCGCUAGAGCUUAUUGCUGGCCAAUCGGGCAGUUCAACUAAACACCAAAGCGGGCGUCUGGACCCGGCUCCAUUUGUCCAAGUGCUCAGUCUUAUAGACCAGCAGUAUCCUACUAGCGAACGCGGAGACGUGCUCAUUUUCGUAAGCGGGGUAAACGAGAUCGAGUCCGUGGUAGCUGCCGUUGAGGAGUAUGCCACCAAGCAGCAGCACUGGAUUGUCCUGCCUCUGCACAGCGGAUUGGCUCUGGCUGAGCAGGACAAAGUUUUCGACUACGCGCAAGAGGGCAGUCGCAAAUGCAUCGUCUCCACCAACAUUGCCGAGACCUCGCUCACAGUGGACGGCGUGCGGUUCGUCAUCGACUCUGGCAAGGUCAAGGAAAUGAGCUACGACGCCGCCGUUAAAGGCCAACGCCUAAAGGAGUUUUGGGUGUCCAAGUCAUCUGCUGAACAACGCAAAGGUCGCGCCGGUCGCACUGGUCCAGGCGUAUGCUUCCGACUCUAUAGCCAAGCCCAGUUCGAUACCUUCGAGCCUUACCCGGCUCCGGAAAUUCACCGUAUGCCGCUUGACACAAUGUUGCUGCAAAUGAUUUCAAUGGGAUUACCCAACGUCCGUGAUUUUCCCUUUAUCGAGGCUCCGAAAUCUGAGCAAGUGGAGCAGACAAUUUUGGCUUUAAAACAACACUGCGCCCUCAGCGUGGAGGAAAAGAUCACUCCGCUGGGUAGCUCGCUAGCCAACCUACCCGUAGAACUCUCAAUUGGCAAAAUGUUACUCAUGGGCUGCGUAUUUCCAGAGGUGGAGCAGUUGCUUACCCUGGCUGCCAUGCUUAGCGUACAGAACCCGCUGACAACCCGCGCACAGACAGACCACCGCUGCGAACGCGAACGCCAGCCGUUCGAAUCCGACCAGGGCGACCUCUUCACCAUUCUGCGAUGCUUUCGCGAGUGGCUGCAGCUGAAGUUGCGUCGCGAGGAAACUCGGAAGUGGUGUCACCGCUUGGGCAUCGAGGAGCAACGCUUUUAUGAAGUCACCAAGCUACGGAACCAGUUUCAGCGCAUUCUUGAAAGCUGCGGCAUGGCAGUUGGCAGCGACUCUGGCUCUGGACCGGGCUCAAGCUCCCAGCUGACCAGCGCCGAGCGUUUAUCACGCCAUGGGGAACUUAUCCAGCUAAAGGCCCUUAAGCGACGCCAGCGAUUCGAGCAGCCUCGGCAACGAAAGCUUCUCAAACAUCAGCACCAGAACGGUGAAGGCCAGGGCCUCGACAAGCAGGACGAGGACAUGCGCGACGUCGACUUGCGAAUGCGGCACGAUGCUCGUCAACUUGCGCGGCUAGAACGCUCGGCCCGUCUCGACCGACACAGGGACGUGAUGCUGCUGAAGCUUCUGAUAGCUAGUGGCUUUUAUCCGCAGCUGGCUGUCGGCGACGAGUUUAACUACUGCAAGGGAGGGGCGCAACAGUUCUUCCACUCGCGCCUAAAGCCAUUUCUGUCUCAGCAUCCCAAUUCCCACUUCGCCAAGUACUUUGAUCUCCUUCAAUUGUCCGACAGUGACAUGCUGACCAAGCCACACUAUUACUCGACUAAACAUCCGCUCAGCUCGCGGCAUCAGAUUCUCUGUUACCAGUCGCUCCUGGAGACGGCCAAACCAUAUCUGAUGAACUGCAUCCGACUGCCUUGCGCCCAGACGCUAUUGCUAUUUGGCUUCGCCAUCGACACGAAUGCGGGCCUCACUCAGAUCGUCUGCGAUAGCUGGCUGGGAAUCGAUCUUCCUUCACCCGGUAGCGGAAUGCAGCUGCUAAGUCGCGCCAUUGAGCUCCGCCGCCGAUGGAGUGGUCAGCUGUAUGCCAAGCUUAAUGAACUAAGUGACAAGCAGGAGACGCAUCUCACGGCAAACAGCGAGAGUAAUGAGCUCUGGCACGAUCUGCUGGACUACAUGGCUCUGGAUGUCGCGUACGCUGUCCGACGGCUUCUGCCUGCUGAUCUGAAGCGUCUUUACACGCACCAAGCCCCCUCCGAGAGAAUCAGGGACCUUACGGAAAAUCCCUUUGCUCCCGGGUAUGUAAUGACUGCCAACGAUGAGAAAGGGGGAAUCAAUGUCUCGGAGCACGUAGUAUACGCGUGCUUGGGGGAACAGCAAUGGACAAUGGCAAUGGACGCAGUUCUAAGAGAACAGCCAUGGAAGUGUACGCACUGCGAUGUUACCCAGGAGGAGUUCGACGUAUUAGAGCAGUUAAUCCACCGAUCUCAGUGCCAUGGUAGUCGCAGAAAAAGUAAAGUUUCUUCCACUCCGAAUUCCGAUAAAGGGCAGGAUCCCGCACCCAGCAGGUCAACAUCCUCGUCCUCCGACAGCUACUACUGCGAGACCUGCAAGUGCCAGCUACCAAUUUCGCGGAUUGAAAUCCUGCGCCAUAGAAGGCAAUGUGUACAAAUUGUGAAAAACGAUGCUUCGAACUAGUUUUAUUCAUUUAUUCAUUUUUUGGAGUCAAACUAUUCCAAUGCCUAAUCCUUACCUACAAAUGGCGUGGCAAAAAUAUGAAACAAACUUGAAUUUCGUGGCCAUUAUAGGAGUCGCUAUGCGAAAUCCUAUAGCUCUAUAUCUUAUAGUCUCUGAGAUCGACUCGGCUAUUGAUGCUGAUCAAGAAUAUGUAUUCUUUAUGGGGUCAUAAUUGAUCCUUUCUCUAUGUUACACCCAUUCACACGAAUAAAAUAUAUUUUUGAACUCUAUGAGUAUCGGGUAUAAAAAGCAA